AUGCCGUCCCCAAACCAUCGUUCGCGCGGCUCAUUCGGUCACGCAGCUACUGGAGCUGCUCUUCGCCGAGGAGAUUUGAAGAUAUCCGAUCCGAUUCCAUUCGAUGACUCCGGAGGAAUUUAUCCCAAUCCAAACUCUGUCAUACCCACCAGAUACCCUUCUGGAUAUCGAUCAAAUGACGCCACUUGGCCGCGCAAAAGUACGGCCGCGCAGGAUUUCCAUAUGCGCCACACCAGUGAUGUCGCUCCUCAUAACGACACCCGUACGUCUGCUGGCCCAUCGAUAAUCCCCAGUUCUAUGUCGUCAAUACCCUCAAAGGCAUCUUUAAAUCAAAAGAAACCUGGAGGGCUAAGAGCAGCUCUGAAGCGUAUGUUUUCAGGAAAGCGACAACGAUCUGUACCCAAUCAGACACGUGGAUAUCAUUACAGCGACCCCGGGAGCCUCAUCCCUGUUGUAGAACAACAAGGCCGGACGCGACUGGACUCCGCUCCUCCUUUGGGGAGUGUCACACGAGGAACUGCGCUGGCGUCGCAUUCGACGCAUCGAGAAGCAGAAGUUGUCGACCAAAGCAUCCCACCUCCUCCACGGCGCGGGCGCCGAAAUACGCUCCCUAGUUUAGUCUUCAGUGACAGAGAAUCAGGACUUGUACCAGCGGUCCAUGACUGGAAAACCGCGGAAACUUCUCCGAGCAAGCGUUGGGUUAAAGAAGAUUACGUUUCUGACGGUCAAUUGAAACGUCGUUCGAGAAGCGCGGACGCGCUCAAUCAGCUUUUACGUCACAGCGGAGUGGAGCCAUCUCCUGCUCGCGAUCGAGCGGGUGAAAUAGCCUACUGGCGUCAUAGUGCCACUCAGAAUCCUGUUCCUGUGUAUAGUGGACAAUCGAUCAGUGUCGACCCCGUACAUGUCCUUGGACCGGUCAGUUCGGUGGACGAAUCUGAACGAGAGGUUUCCGUCGCGAACCAAAUGCAGAAUUUCGACUUUGGUCUUGACGGCACAAUCCCAGAUGAGAUCAGUUUGGAACAGAGGGUAAAUACUCUGGAAAUUAAGCUGUUUGAUUUCGAAUACGCCAUUGCCAAGUUGCAGGGCAACAAUAUUCCGAAACCGAUGUUGAACUCAAGACCUUUCGAUCGAGGGCCGAUACCAGGUAUCUUUCCAGACAACAAUACGAAUCUGACCUUGACUUCCGGAUCAUCACACAAUCUUGGCUCUUUCUCAUCUCCCGCUACCGAUCAUGACUUGACUUUCUUGUCUUCUCCGGGCGAAUCUCCUCCCCCUUCUCCUGAAGCGGACACAAUGUUUCGAGCUGAACGAGCUAGCAAAGCAACCACGGUCACGAUCAGACCUCUCACCGCCAAACGACAAUCACCACGCCAAUCGAGGGAGGGGUCACCAUCUUCGAUCCACAUAUCUCCCGAUAAGUUCGAGGCAUUAAUGGACAUGAUCAAAGAAGAGCAAGCCGCUCGCCAAAAGUUGGCGGCGCAGGUUGCAGAAUUACAAAAAGAAGUGGAGACCAUGAGAACUCCUGUCUAUGCGACCAUCAGAGAAACCUACCCAACUCCGAGCCCCGAGUCUACACACAAUACACCUGGUACACCUCGGACAAAGACACUACAUCGAACACAAGCAUUCCAGCUCAGCAACACUCAUGAAGUUUCACGAUUCUCGGGAACGGAUCCUGACUCGGAUAACGAGGAAGGAUUUCAAGAAGUUUACGAAACCCCACUCGAGCAGAGGGAUACAUUUGAGUCGGCUAGAGAAUCCCCACGCAUGGUCGUGAUAUAA